UUCAUGGACCUCCUAGGGGAAGACCGACAGUGGACGGUGGGGAGGAAGUUAAUGCAGGUGAACGACACUCUGACUUCAGAAGAUGCAGGACUCCGAAGCAGUAAGAACUGCACUGAACCAGCCCUGCACGAAUUCCCCAAUGACAUCUUCACCAACGAGGAUCGAAGACACGGGGCGGUGGUUCUCCACGUGCUCUGCGCCAUGUACAUGUUCUAUGCGCUAGCCAUUGUGUGUGACGACUUCUUCGUCCCCUCCUUGGAAAAGAUCUGUGAGCGCCUGCACCUCAGUGAAGAUGUGGCCGGGGCCACAUUCAUGGCAGCAGGCAGUUCGGCCCCAGAGCUGUUCACAUCCGUCAUAGGGGUCUUCAUCACCAAGGGUGACGUGGGAGUCGGGACCAUCGUGGGCUCCGCGGUGUUCAACAUCCUGUGCAUCAUCGGUGUCUGCGGGCUCUUUGCUGGGCAGGUUGUGGCUCUUUCCUCCUGGUGCCUGCUGAGGGAUUCGAUCUACUACACGCUGUCUGUGGUGGCGCUCAUCGUGUUCAUUUAUGACGAACAAGUUUCCUGGUGGGAGUCUUUAGUCCUCGUGCUGAUGUAUCUCAUCUAUAUCGUCAUCAUGAAAUAUAACGCUUGCAUCCAUCAGUGCUUUGAAAGGAGGACAAAAGGUACUGGAAACAUGGUCAAUGGCUUGGCCAACAAUGCUGAAAUUGAUGACAGCAGCAACUGCGACGCAACUGUGGUGCUACUCAAGAAAGCCAAUUUCCACCGCAAAGCGUCAGUGAUUAUGGUAGACGAGCUGCUGUCAGCCUACCCUCACCAGCUUUCUUUCUCUGAGGCUGGACUUCGAAUCAUGAUCACCAGCCACUUUCCCCCCAAGACCCGACUCUCCAUGGCCAGUCGCAUGUUGAUCAAUGAGAGACAAAGACUGAUAAACAGUAGGGCCUAUGCCAAUGGAGAAUCCGAGGUGGCCAUCAAAAUCCCAAUUAAGCACACCGUGGAGAACGGGACAGGGCCCGGCAGUGCCCCAGACAGAGGCGUGAAUGGGACUCGGAGGGAUGAUGUUGUGGCCGAGGCUGGUAACGAGACAGAGAAUGAGAAUGAGGACAAUGAGAACAACGAGAAUGACGAAGAGGAAGAGGAGGAUGAGGAGGAUGACGAAGGACCAUACACGCCAUUCGACCUCCCCUCUGGAAAACUGGAAACAGUGAAGUGGGCGUUCACCUGGCCACUGAGUUUUGUUUUAUACUUCACUGUGCCCAACUGCAACAAACCCCGCUGGGAAAAAUGGUUUAUGGUGACAUUUGCUUCUUCCACGUUGUGGAUAGCAGCCUUCUCUUACAUGAUGGUGUGGAUGGUCACAAUCAUUGGAUACACACUGGGGAUUCCUGAUGUCAUCAUGGGGAUUACCUUCCUGGCAGCUGGAACCAGUGUGCCCGAUUGCAUGGCCAGCCUCAUCGUGGCCAGACAAGGCAUGGGAGACAUGGCCGUGUCCAACUCUAUUGGGAGCAACGUAUUUGACAUCCUCAUCGGCCUUGGUCUCCCGUGGGCCCUGCAGACCCUGGCUGUGGAUUAUGGAUCCUACAUUCGGCUAAACAGCAGAGGACUCAUCUACUCCGUGGGCUUACUCCUGGCCUCCGUCUUUGUCACGGUGUUUGGCGUUCACUUGAACAAGUGGCAGCUGGACAAGAAGCUCGGGUGCGGGUGCCUUUUCCUGUACGGCGUAUUCCUGUGCUUCUCCAUCAUGACGGAGUUCAACGUGUUCACGUUUGUGAACUUGCCCAUGUGCGGGGACCACUGA